AUGGCCGAUAUUUACCAAUUAGUACAGGCUUGCUAUGGCAACAUAGCAAAGAAAAUCGUCACUAAUCAAGAACAAGAUGGCGAGAAGAAGAUUGCCAUGGCUUUUGGCUACAGCGGAGACGACUUGCUUUCUCUCCCGGAGAAGACAAAUCUCGGUCUAAGUUGUGGUAAUCCUGUGGCAUAUGCGAACGUAAAAGAGGGUGAGACUGUAGUCGACCUCGGGAGUGGAGGCGGCAUUGACGUCUUUCUGGCAGCUCGCAAGGUUGGGCCCGCUGGCAAGGCGAUAGGAAUAGACAUGACCAAGAAUAUGAUCGACCUCGCGAUCGAGAAUGCCAAAGCAGCUGGUCUAUCUAAUGCGACUUUUAUUGAAGCAUCAAUCACUUCAAUUCCUCUCCCGAGUUCCAGCGUUGACUGUAUCAUCAGCAAUUGCGUUAUAAAUCUCGUUCCAGCAAAGGAUAAGGGAUCUGUAUUCCAUGAAAUUGCUCGAUUGUUGAAACCUGGUGGCAGGCUUGCCAUUAGCGACAUCUUAGCAAGAAAACCACUUCCCAAAAACAUCGUCGAGGAUAUGGCGCUAUAUAUGGGAUGUAUUGCGGGUGCCAGUCAGGUUGCUGAAUAUGAGGAAUAUCUCCGACAAGCCGGUUUCCAAGACAUAUUGCUUGUUGAUACGAAAUCAAAUCUCAAUCUCUAUAAAGAGUCCUCCUACUUACAACAAAGUACAUGUUGCGGCCCCUCAAGUGGCUCAAAGGAACAAAAGGCCGAUUCGGCGAAUAUUGAUUACAAUGAGUGUGCUGGUUCCUUUCAGAUUUAUGCUGUCAAACCCGCUGUCUAG